ACAUCACCCGUUUUCGUGCCAACCCUAAACGCCGAAACCGGGUGGCGUGCGUAUUCUUUACCUCCGCCCCUUCGUUAUCUAAGGAGGAAUUUUAAAUGUUUCAUUUACAUGGAAUUAUAGAAUCUAUGUAAAUGAAAAUCAUAGAAUGUUUAUAUAAUCGAACUGUGGUAUAUUUCGAAUUUGCUUUCAGAUAUAGAAAUGAAGAGAAACUUAAAACCGGAAAGAUCGAUAAAAAUAUACCAUUUGUAAUUUUUUUAACAGUGAAGAGUUCAUUGUCAACCGGAAGUGUGAUCAAGUGUCAAACUUUCUUCACGAAGUUUAUUUGAAUCAAAUCUCAAGAAAAAUGAAUAUUUUACACCAUAAAAGUUGGCAUGUUCGAACCAAGAAGAAUAUCGAACGAGUGCGACAAGAUGAAGAAAAAGCUGCCCAAGAGGAAAAAGAGAAGCAACGGAGGGUUGCUCUAGCUGAACAAGAAGCAAGGACUGAAAUUUUGCGAGCAAAAGUACAACGAAAGAGUAUUGAAGAAAAUCCAGAGAACAGAGUUUGUGAAGCUGUACCGGCACUGAGACACAUCAACUUUUUCUCUGCCAAACAAAGCGAAGAGGAUCAAAUGUUUCACACUUUUGUUUAUAUUUUGCAGCACGACAAGAAGACAACAAAGAAAAUCAAGACGAAAUCAUCAUCAAAGUCCUCGGAAACUUCUUUGGAACAGCUCCGAGCUGAACGUCUACAAAGGGAGAACAAAGAGAAGGAGAAAGCUAAAAUGUUGUUUGCUAAGUUGAACAAGGGGUCAGUUCCUGAAAAGAGCAGUAAGACUACCAUUGACUCCGACAGAGACAGACGAUACAGUAGCCAAUAUAACCCUUCUUUUGCACGGCAGAAUAAACCCAGGAACUAAGGGCAGUGGAGGGGGGUCAUUUAAGCAACCAGAUCAGCCGUGAUAGAACAGAUCUAUGAUUCCAGUGAUGACCAUCCCUUCAUAUUUUUUUCAGGGGUGGUGGACCUUGGACUCUAUUAUCCAAAGAGUUCUCUUUGUUUUUUGAUUCCAGUGAUGACCAUCUCUUCAUAUUUUUUCAGGGAUGGUGUACCUUGGACUCUAUUAUCCAAAGUCUUCUCUUUGUUUUUUGAUUCCAGUGACGACCAUCUCUUCAUACUCUUCAUAUUUUUUCAGGGAUGGUGUACCUUGGACUCUAUUAUCCAAAGGGUUCUCUUUGUUUUUUUGAUUCCAGUGAUGACCAUCUCUUCGUAUUUUUUCAGGACUCUAGUAUCCCAAGGUUCUCUUUUUUUUUAAACACAUGAGCAUGUGCUUUGAGGAAUAUUUGACUGCUAUUUCUAGCAGGUCAAACACCCACAUCUAUACUGUUUCAUGGACUUCAAAUCAAAAAGCUGGUUGUGUAGCCCUGAUGGAGUGGACCUGUGGUCAGUGGUUUCCUAGCUGGAACCAUAUCCAUUCUAUCCUUCUCUUUUGUCAAAACAGUAAGGUGUGAUUUGGCUGCUAUUUUUAGCAUGUUGAUCUACCACAUACAAUUUGUAGACCCCUUUGACUCCAACUUUACUGGGAUGAACCCUCCUGGCCAUUUAGGUGCAGACAUGGCUGUGUGGUAGGAAGCUUGCUUCACAACCACAUGGUUACAGGUUCAGUCUCACUGCGUGGCACUUUGGGCAAGUGUCUUUUACUAUAGCCUUGAGAUGAUCAAAGCCCUGUGAGUGGAUUUAGUGGACAGUAUUAAUGUCUACCAAAUUUGCUCACAAGGCUUUGGUCAUCAGUUUACAAUUUGGAGCGAGGGGGUCACUGGAGUGGAGAAGAGAUAAUAUAUUUCAUUUUUGUCUUUGGUUUGCAAGAUUCUUGAUGUAGACUUGUGUGUUGAAACAGGUUUUGUUGUACUGUGGGUGGGUCAUUUUGCCAAUAAUAAACACAUGCACUGUUUCAAUUUCACUUCUUUAUUAUUUAACUAACUAAUCAAUUGUUUAAUUAUUUAGUUAAUCAAUCAGCUACGAUUGUCAAAGACUUUUCAUCACCAUGCUCUCUCCAGGUCAGACUGGUGGAAAGCUAUUUUAGUAGAUGCAUGACUACUAAACUGAGUUUUGUACUAUAUGGUUCUUCUGUUAGAGAAUAGAAGACACGUCAAUGAAGAGGCUGCAAAUGGCAAUAAAAAAGAUCUAGAACAAACAUCUGAUUGAAAUGAUUAAAAGAAUGAUUAGUCAAACAAUUGAUUAGAUAAGUGGCUAAAUAACUAGCCAAUUGACAAAAUGAAAAGGAACCAGUGAGUGUGUUGUUAUUGGUGUAACGAUCCUCUCCCAAAAUAAUGUACGUAAUUCCUCAUCUCUUAAAUAUAGAACUGAAAAAAAAAAAUAUAUUACCUGUAAUAUUCUCCAAGACAUGGCAAAAAUGUUACAGCUAUGAUACCAUCUGGAAGUGUAAUCUUUUAUAAAGUUGGUAAAAGAAAUAAAUUCAAAAGGAUAAAAUUUAUAAAAUAUUUAUUUAA